UCCCUAGUUUUUAAAAAAAAGCAAGAAUCCCAAUCCCAAUCCCAAUCCCAAUUCCAAACCAAAAUCAAUUUAUAACCAAAACCCAUCUAUAGAUCUGCGGGCUUUUCGCAGUACCCUCCCUCCCUCCUUCCAAUCCAUAUUUCUGUACGCUCUAAGAUUUGCGGUCAUCUCAGAUUGUGAAAAACCCUAAAUUGAAUGGAGGGAGUUGGGGGUGAUAGUACUGCUGCAGCGGCAGCACCAGUGAAUCAAUGGGUGCACGAUAUGUCGAGGAUAUAUCAGUAUUAUUUGGACAAGAGCACGCCUCACUCAACUUAUAGAUGGAUUGGAACCUUUGUCUUGGUGGUCAUGUAUGCUUUGCGAGUUUAUUAUGUGCAGGGCUUUUACAUUAUUUCAUAUGGGCUGGGAAUCUAUCUGUUGAAUCUGUUAAUUGGGUUUCUGUCACCAUUGGUUGAUCCGGAAAUGGAAGUAACGGACGGGCCUUUGCUGCCUACAAAAGGUUCAGAUGAGUUCAAGCCAUUCAUUCGCCGGCUUCCUGAGUUUAAGUUCUGGUACUCCUUCACAAAGGCUUUCUGCACAGCAUUUGUCAUGACCUUCUUUUCCAUGUUUGAUGUUCCCGUCUUUUGGCCCAUACUACUCUGUUACUGGGUUGUUCUUUUUGUCCUCACAAUGAGACGGCAAAUCGCGCACAUGAUCAAAUACAAAUACAUUCCGUUCAACAUUGGAAAACAGAAAUACGGUGGUAAGAAAUCUUCAGGUAGUGGCAGUGACAACCGAGGGGAUUGAAGCUUGGCAAUUUCUAAAGCAUAUACAGUGUACCCCAUUGUUGGGAAAAGAAAGAUAGGUCCUUGUGAAAAAUUCAUGACUGUAGAAUUCUUUUUUAAAAUUAAAUGCAUUUAUGCUAUGGAUUUCGUAUGAACUCACUCAAUAUAAAUUUGAUUAUGUGAGGUUUUUUUAUUAUUUAUAAACCAUACCUACAUUUCUAUAACAACGCUUCUAAGUAAAUUAUAGUGUUUAGGCCUUUUUUUAA